CAAGCGCCACGCCGACAAAAGCAAAUCUCAUUUAGUUUCUGAAAAGAAAAGACCAAAUAAAUUGUGAUUAAAGCCCGUAAUGCAAGUGAAAAUAACUUAAAGAAAAGGCCUCACAACAGGAGGCUUUUCCGCGUUUGUGUGCGCGAGUGCCUGCGCCUGUGUGUGUGCGUGUGUUUACCUGGUUUGGCCAGAAAAAAAAAGUGAACUGGAAAAGUCGACAAAGUCUGCCUGCGUGCCAUUUUUUUCUGAUUUCAUUUUGUGUGGAAAAUCUAGAGAGGACACGAUGGCCUCCACCAGCAAUCUGGUGGAUGUGGUGCGCCACUACCAGCGAAGCAUUGAGAAGCACGGCGAGGACGAACAGCGGCUGCUGCACUGCAUCACCAAGCUAUUCAAUCUGCCCAUCAAAUUCGAGCACCUGCAGGAGACGGGAAUUGGCAAGACGGUGAACGCCCUGCGCAAGUUCAAUGGCGAAGUGGGCGUGGCGGCCAAGACUCUGGUGUCCAAGUGGAAGGCCAUGGUGGCCGCCGAGGAGGACCCUUCGAUCGCCGCCACUCCCACAGCCAGUCAGAACGAAGAGGACUCGGGCAAGUCCAAGUCCAGCGACGAAGAUCCUGACCAGGAGAACAAGGGCAGCAACUCAUCCAGCGGUGAGGAUCUGAAUACCAGCAGGCACAAGUCAAAGCCCUCAAAAAGCUCCAGGCAUGAGCGUACCAGCAGCAGUAAAAGUCACUCCAAGAGCAAGUCGGAUUCGGAUAAGAAGCACAAGAGCAGCCGCCACGACAAGUCCAAGGAUAGGGAGAAGGACAAGGAGGGUCACAAGGAGGCCAAAGAUCACAGGGAGAAGAGGACCAAUGGCGAGCACAAGUCAAAGGAUUCCAUCAAAUCCAGUAGCAGUCACAAGAGCAGUAAAUCCGAGGGCCACAAAAUGGAUCACAGCAAGAGCAAGCAUGAAAAGGACAAGACUUCACACAGCGAACAGAAGCCAGCCAAAGACAAGUCGAGCAAACACAAGUCAUCCUCCUCAAAGUCAUCCAAGCGCUCCCACAGUCCACAGCGCACUGAGGAGGAGACCCAAAAGGCCAAGAUACCAAAAACUAAACCGAAAUCCGAGGAAGACUCCGCCGACGGCUUCGACUCCAGCAUGGGCGCCAACUUCGACGAUGUUCUUGGCCUGCUCAACAUGCCCAUGAACAGCAAAAAAAGCAACAACAGCACCAAGAGCAAGUUCACCGCCAAGCCGGCAACAGCCCCAUCCUCAUCAGCUUUACCGACACCCUCAGCGGCUGUAUCAUCCAGAGAGGCCUUUGCCAUUAGCAGUCGACCGACCUCAACCAAAAAACCCGAGCUGCUUGCGCCCACAGCCAAGCUGGAGCCCUUGGAUCCAAAUAUAGCACUGGAACUCCCCACCAUUUCCAACAAUUACAAGCCCUUGCCCUUAAAUCAGACAGUGAUGGACGUGGUCUUUAAUCAGGGCGGUACACAGAGGGCUCAAGCUGCACGUUACUUUAAUGAGUCAGAAGCCCUGGCGCAGGGCAUCUCCUCAAAAACAAUGCGCACCAAGAUCUAUUCAGGCGUGAGAACUGGUCAAAUACUGCAAGUCCCUUCGCUCUUUGAUCUGUGCACACGAGUGCUCCAAAAGAACAUUGACGCCCUGGAGUACACGGGUGGCGUGCCUUUUGAGGUCCUUCGCUCUGUCUUAGAGCGCGCCACGCCCCAACAGCUGCUGAACUUCGAGGAGUACAAUCCUUAUUUGAUGGACGACAGCGAAGUUCUGUGGCAGAUCCAUGUCCAACGCCACUGUCGCAGUCAGCGACGUGAGGAGAUGGAAACAUGGCGCGAGAUGUUCCUGCGCUGUCAAGAGGAGAAGGAUCGGAAACUCAGCAUUCUGGCCGAGAGCAUCAAGGCAUCGCAGAAGAUCAGCGAGGCACCUGUGCGCAAGACUCAGCUGGCCUUCGUGGAUUCGAUGGUAAAGCCGCCGCGAAGUGUGCAGCGAAAGCAGGAGCAAUACGGCACCAGAGGCAAGCUCAUCGCGACUCCAGCCGCCCGAGUAGCCGCUUUGUCCAGUGUGACGCCCAAUGCCGCCAAGGUGGGCGAUGCCCGACUGCGUGUAAUGUCUGCCGGCCGCGACGCGGCUCAAGUGGGUGCUGGUCCGUCGCGGUCCAAAAAAGCCCCACUAAUGGCCAAGACCUUACAAUUUAUGCGAGGGCGUCACAAACGAUAGAUGCGUUUAUAUGUUAUAGCCACAAUCUUAUACUCAAAAUUGUUCAGCGACAACUAAAGCAGCAGCAGGAGCACAGGUUCACAGUAGGAUUUCCUUCCAACUGAUUUGGCAGAGAAUUUCGGUUCUGUAAAAUGAGACACUGUGAUACUAGACCUUUUUGUUACCCAGUGCCCUGCGAAAACCGACUGCUGCUGUCUGCAUGCCUACCAUAUUCAUGCUAUUUAUUAUUUAUUCAUGUCAUUAUACUGUACUAGAACCUAAGCGUAAGCAAGCCGGAUAACGAUUGUAGGUUGAAUAAGAUAACGUUUUGGUUGCAUCCCGCUGCUGGAUCGUCAACGAGCUCAGAUAAAUGAUUUACGGAAUUGGAUUAUUUUCAGGUUAAUAGUUGUUCGAUUGGUCAAUUAUACGUAACUUAAGAUCGGUCACUCCAACUUUAGUUUUAAGCAAUGUUCAAUGUUCUUUGUCUCAGAGGGCUGUGCGACUGUCCAAAAUCAUAGAGGUUCCAAGCAAAUCAAUUGUAUAUAAAUGUAUGUUACAAAAAAACUUAAGCCCAAACCUAUAUCAAAUUACGUAAAUUAUUGAAGCACAGGUAAAUGUCUUUAAACGCAUCGCUAAUUAAAUCAGAUCAAACGAUUAUUUUCAUAUAUAUUUUGUUUUAUUUAGUAAUGAAAAUGUUUAACUUUUCGGUGAAAUGUUCUUAUUUUAUUAAGAAAAAAAAGACAUUUACUGCACCGCCUUAUUUUGUUAUAUUUCUAGUUUAUUUUGUUAAAACAACUUGUAUUUUCAAAAUAGUUAAGUUUAAUAUUAAAAGCGAUUAUUCUGAAUGCUAA